AUGAGAGAUACCAACGAUAUGAUGGAGGACGCCUUGUCCGAGGACACCAUGAUGGACUGCGGGGCCGACGGAGGAGGAGGGCUCGAAGACCUCGUCGUUUUGGCCACCGACGUCGCGGAUUCGUCUCCAACGAUUCGAGAUGCCGCGGAACGGUUACUGACGUUGUUGGGCGUGGACGAGGACAACGAGGACCUUUUAUCCUCCUCGGAGGACGAGGGGGUCGAGCUGGACGAGCUGGAGGACGACGAAGACGAGCUGGAGAACACCAGGCUGUUGCAUCAAUUGGCAGCAUCCUUGGCUGCUGAAUUGAAACAAUCCAAUCAGAAGGACAGUCCAACGACAAGGCUUCAAUCGAGAUCCAUUCCGUGGGAUCGAAUGGACCUGGAGACUAGUUACCUGGAACACGAUUGCCUUCAAGACGAGGACUCGAACGAGACGACGAUGAGUUACCACAGUGGGGAGGUGAAUGAAAAGUAUCAGAGACCUAGCUCCUCGACCUCUUACAACAAAGAGUACGGUCUGACGGGGUCCUACGAGUGUCUCGAUCAUCGUUUGAGGAUGAACGGUGAGCUGGAGAACAUCAGAACCGAUCAGGACCUGGUCCCAGCAUCUUGGGGCGCUGGAUGGGACGCCUGCGCCACGGAGGCUCUCAGAUACCUCGUGGAGGAGGAGGGCUUACCACCUCAUCAUCCCACGGUCCUAGCUAUGAAGGACCAUCUGGAAACGCAGAGGGAACGGGUGUUCGCUCAGUACACCGCGUAA